ACAGUGCUAGAAAGGUGCACUAAACAACUUGGAUGGAUUUAACCACUCAACAGAAAAGGAUUGUUCACUGGACAUUUUUAUUUUAUUAUAUUUUGUCUUGGGCCAGUUGCUGGGGGAAAAGGAAUGUAAUUAGAGGAUUCUCCCCCUCUUGUUCUUCUCAGCAUUGAAGAAAAAGAAAUCUGUCUGCAUUGCAACCAUAACACAGAUGAUUAGAAAAUUUUGCAUUGGACUAUGGCUCCUGUUGCUAGCAUAAGAUCAUUUUUCGAUUUGGUUUUCUCAAAGAGUCAAUUACCAACCUGCCCUUAGGGAUGGAUGUGUUUGUUUUUCUACUUGGCAACUAUAAAGUGUGGGGGGCAGGGCGGGGAAGAGAUGAAGAUUUGGUACUGAUCUACUUGCCAACUUUAAGAGAACACCAAACUAAAUAAUCUUGGUUUAGAAGAUCAUGUACAGGAUAGGAGAAUUGGAAAAUCUUAUCUUAUCCUUUGUCCAAACAGAGAGCCAGUUUGCUAUAGUGAGUAAAACAUCAGGCUAGAAACCAUGAGACAAUGAGUUCUGAUCCCAGCUUAGACAGAAAGCCAGCUGGGUGACUUCAGGCCAGUCCUUCUCUCUCAGUCCUAGGAAGAAGGCAAUAGCAAAUCAUUUCUGCAAUCGUGCCAGGAAAAAUGCAGGGACUCGUCCAAAGAGUUGCCAGGAGACAAGAGUGAUUUGAGGGCACCGGAGAAAAAAAUUGUCCAAGUAAUGAAAAUAAAGUGGCAUCAAAUAGAGGAUUUAUUGCUUUUUAUCAUCUUAUAAAAUGCUGCCUGUUAGAAAUAGAGGAUUUUCUUUGAGGAGUGGUGGGUAGACCACAAUAAGACAGAAGAUAAACAGAAAUUGGGUAAAAGACUAAGUUAAAAUUUGUAUUUAAUAUGUUUGAAACUCUACAUAACAUUGACUUUAUAUCCCCCAAAAUCUUUUUUUUUUUACAAUAUAGAUUUCUUUAACAUCAUGACUAGGGAGGAUUUUAGCCUUGUCCUUCCAGCAAUCCUCAUUCUAGAUCUAGAUUAUUGGAGUGAUGAAUAAAUAUUUUAUAUCUUCAUUAAGGCAAUUGGUGGGUGGUGGUGGUGGUGUAGCCUUGGUCUUCCAUGAUUCUAAUGAGGAUUAUGGCAGAAAAAUCUAGGAUGUAAAGGAGAAUUACCAUUCUUGCAUGUCAUCUUCCUCAGACCAAAGGUAUCUGCAUUGGGGCAAAUUGGGGUCUCUGAGGUCCUGAUACUUAAUGGCACCAAACAAGAAAAUCAGGUGGCAUCUACUUCUGUUCAAAUUACUAAAAUAGCAUAGGGCACACAUUCCUGAGCAAACCUACUUGUGAACAGAAAAUGUGCCAGACCAUAGCGAUGCUUUUGUAAAAUCUCAGGCUAGUGCAAGAGGGCUUCUUGCAGAGGAUGUGCUCCUUAAGUCAGAACAAUCUGUUUCUUGAUUUAGUUCACAUUCAUACCUAAUGCCAAAACUUUUGGCUUACCACCUCUCUCCCCCUUUCCAUUAAAGCUUCCUGGCCAGAAAAUGCCAGUGUUAAGAGGGCAUUUUCUCUUCCUGGCGUAAUUCUUCCAGAGAUUGGGGUGGAAUUCAUGGAUCUUGGUUCCCUGCUCCACCUUCUUUGCUGCUUUUCUGCUCUAAGCUUUUUGAAUUUUGGAAAGGCAUCUAGGAAAUCUUGGCUUGCAGCCACCGUUUAGUCAUUAAAUCACACUCCUCCACUAACAUAGCUCUGGAUAGAAGGAGGUAGGAGAAGAAGUCUGUAUUUCUGGACUGGGGGAAGUUGAUGAUAAGAGACACGCCUGGUCUCCCAGCACGUGGAAAAUGAACGUUUAAAGUAGCACCGCUAACAAAGCCACCCAGACAUCAACUGCGGCGGAAGAGAGGUUGCGAGUUAGCCAGGCAGCUUUGGGGGCUGUUCUUGGAAACCCGGAUUUAGCGGAGUCUCAAGAAACCAGGCACACAAUAGCAAUCACGACGCAGGAAUCUCUUUGGAGACAAGGUGGGGCAGAGCCCUGGCAGCUGGCUGAGGCAUCUCUGGAGGAACCACCGCGCCGCUUCUGCUCCCAUCGCAACCAUGCAGCAGCACCCCGGCGGCGGCGGCGUCGCGGCCAUCGGGAUACCGAGCAGCAUCCGGGCGUCACUGUGGAGAGCUGCGAGGCAGGGAAGUGUGGAAGGAGACCCUCCGGGAAGCGAGGCAGGAACCAUAGUGGACAGUCUGGGCAGUCAACCAUACCGAUGCGUCCCUGAAGUGACCAAGGUUGAGCACUACGAUUUAGUGCCAUCUUCCUCCUCUUCUGUCUGUCACGCUCCGUCACAAGGGCUUCCGUGGGCACAGCGAGCUCGGCUACAGCCAGCCAGCGUGGCGCUGAGGAAGCAGGAAGAGGAGGAUAGCAAACGAUCAGCACUGUCAGACAGCUAUGAGCUCUCAACGGAUCUUCAGGACAAAAAGGUGGAGAUGUUGGAGCGGAAGUAUGGGGGCUAUUUCUUGAGCCGGCGGGCAGCUCGUACAAUUCAAACAGCCUUUCGCCAAUACCGCAUGAACAAAAAGUUUGAGCGUCUAAGAAGUUCAGCAUCAGAGAGCCGUAUGUCACGGCGCAUCAUACUGUCCAACAUGCGGAUGCAAUAUUCGUUUGAAGAAUAUGACAAGAUCCAGAAUGCCCCUUACUUUGAAGGUAAACCUGCCUCUCUGGAUGAGGGCUCCAUGGCUAGUGCUCGACCUCAUCUCCUGGAUCACGGCCUUCCCUACAGUGGCUCUUGCCGGACCGGCUUGGAUGGUAGUUCCCUGCAUUCCUCUUCUGGAGGCUUCUGCAAUGACAUCACGGAACUGGAGGAUUCCUUCUCCAAGCAGGUGAAGUCCUUGGCAGAAUCGAUUGAUGAAGCCUUAAACUGCCACCCACUUGGCCAGGAGGGAGGACCUGGUGGCCCCACUUUGGAAAAAAGUGAAUCCAAGGAGCAGCAGGGUGACAGUGCUGCCACUUCAUUCAGUGAUGUCACACUCUAUCUGGACGAAGGCGCUCCCACAUCGCCCCUCUCUCUGGAGCGCCCCCCCAGCACUGAGCCCCCAGAGCCUGCUCCGGGAGUGCCCCUCCCACCAGCCCCACGGCCGGAGUACUGGGGGGCGCCCCAGCGGGAGGACAGCCGGGAGAAUGGGGGCGGGAGCCGGCGCAGCACACCUUGCAUGGAAUGCCGGGACUACCGCCUUCGGGGCGCUCACCUGCCCUUGCUCACAAUUGAGCCUCCCAGUGACAGCUCAGUGGAUCUGAGCGACCGUUCUGAUCGGGGUUCACUCAAUCGGGGGCUCAUGUAUGAGCAAGAUGGCUGCAGCCCCCAUGGCACCCUCAAACAUCCUGGAGGGCCUGCACGCUCCCCCCACCCACACCGCCAUUAUCAUCCCGAGAAAAGCCAGCCUCCUCCACCUUUGCCCAUCCCACCCCCUCAGGCCCCAGGCCGCCUGCCUCCGCCUCCUCCGCCGGACAACUCAGAUGGCGACAACGACAGCCUCAACAGCACCACCAACUCCAACGAGACCAUCAACUGCAGCUCAGGAUCCUCUUCACGGGACAGCCUGCGCGACCCGCCUCCACCUGCCCCAACCACCACCACGACUGUCGGGGGGCCCUGCAAGCAGACCUACCAGCGUGAGACGCGGCACAGCUGGGAUUCUCCUGCUUUCAACAACGACGUGGUGCAGCGCCGCCAGUACCGCAUUGGCCUCAACCUUUUCAACAAGAAACCAGAAAAGGGGAUCCAGUAUUUAAUUGAGAGAGGCUUCUUGUCAGAUACGCCAGUGGGCGUGGCCCGGUUUAUCCUGGAGCGGAAGGGGCUGAGCCGGCAGAUGAUUGGAGAAUUUCUUGGCAACCGGCAGAAACAAUUCAACCGAGAUGUACUCGAUUGUGUUGUAGAUGAGAUGGACUUCUCCAGCAUGGACCUGGAUGAUGCCCUGAGAAAGUUCCAGUCACACAUUCGGGUGCAAGGUGAGGCCCAGAAGGUGGAGCGUCUCAUUGAGGCUUUUAGCCAGCGCUACUGUGUAUGCAAUGCCCCAUUGGUGCGCCAGUUUCGGAACCCUGACACCAUCUUCAUCUUGGCUUUUGCCAUCAUCCUUCUCAAUACGGACAUGUACAGUCCCAGCGUCAAAGCAGAGAGGAAGAUGAAGCUGGAUGACUUCAUCAAAAACCUGCGGGGGGUUGAUAAUGGGGAGGAUAUUCCCCGUGACCUCUUGGUAGGGAUUUACCAGCGGAUUCAGAGCCGAGAACUGCGCACCAAUGAUGAUCACGUUUCUCAGGUCCAGGCAGUCGAGCGCAUGAUUGUGGGCAAAAAGCCGGUUCUCUCUCUGCCCCAUAGGCGCCUGGUGUGCUGUUGCCAGCUGUAUGAGGUCCCCGACCCCAACCGGCCCCAGAGGCUUGGCCUGCACCAGAGGGAAGUCUUCCUCUUCAAUGACCUCUUAGUGGUAACAAAGAUUUUCCAGAAGAAGAAGAUCCUUGUGACCUACAGUUUCCGCCAGAGCUUCCCACUUGUUGAGAUGCAGCUACAGCUCUUUCAGAAUUCCUAUUACCAGUAUGGGAUUAAACUACUCUCAGCUGUCCCCGGUGGGGAACGAAAAGUCCUGAUCAUCUUCAAUGCCCCCAGUCUGCAGGACCGAUUGCGUUUCACAAGUGAUCUGCGGGAGUCCAUCGCUGAAGUGCAAGAGAUGGAGAAAUACCGGGUGGAAUCGGAGCUUGAAAAGCAGAAAGGAGUAAUGCGCCCCAACGCCUCUCCCUCUUCUGGGCCCAAGGACACCGUGAAUGGCACCCUGACCCGGAGCAGUCUAGAGGAUGCCUAUACUAUGGGAGAGGGCCUGAAGAGAAGUGCCCUCAAUAGCUCCCUGCGUGAUCUCUCUGAUGCUGGCAAGCGGGGCCGUCGUAACAGCGUGGGAUCCUUGGACAGCACAAUUGAAGGGUCUAUCAUUAGCAGCCCACAUCCCCAUCAGAGGGCGCCACCACCACCUCCUCCAGAGGAAUACAAGCCCCAGCCUCGUCCCCCCUCGAAUUCGUCCUCCUUCCUGGGCUCCCUGUUUGGCAGCAAGCGUGGGAAGGGCCCUUUCCAGAUUCCCCCCAGCCAGGUCUCAGCAUCCUCGUCUUCGGCCUCUUCAUCUCACCAUCAUCUGCCCCAGCACCACCCACAUCACGGCCACCCCUCCCUCCCUGACGGCGGCCAGUCUAAGCUGCAGGCGCUCCAUGCCCAGUACUGCCAUGGCCCCUCUGCUCAGCCGCCGCCCCCCUACCCCCAGCAGCCCCCUCCCCCUCAGCAACCAGCACCCCCACCCCCACCUCUGGCCCUGCCCUCCAACCCUCUGCCACCUCAGAUCCAGCGCUACCACCAUUCCCAGCAGCCUCCUCUCUCAGCUCCCCCUCAGAAGCAGGCAGUGCCCGCUUUCCCUACCCCACAACCCCACCACCACUACACUCUCGGUCGGCCUGGGCAGCAGAAGCGCCUCCAGAUGGCGGCUGCUGCUUCCCAACACCCUCCCUUCCCUCAUGGGCGCCAGCCCACCUCACCGCUGCCCCUCUACAGCCCUGCCCCACAGCAUGCCCUGGCCCACACGUACCCCCAGCAGCUGCAUCAGUCAGGGAUCAGUGGGCAGCACACCCUGCACAGGCAGCAGGCCCCAAAGCACUUUAUUUUCAGCCAUCAUCCCGCACAGCUGCUACAGCGGCCUCCGCCACCCUCUGGAAUGGGGCCAUAUCCUGGGCAUCAUGGCCAUCCUCAGCCACACCAUAGCCAACCCCCAAUGCCCCCGCCUCAUUCUCCCAUUCCCCCGCAUCCUUCUUACCCACCUCUUCCCCCUCCAUCACCCCAUACGCCUCUCAGCCCCCACUCCCCGGCUGCUCCUACGUCCCCUCUGGCCCAGCACAUGCCCAUGCACCAGGGGGGUCCUCCACCCAUGCCUGCUCAAGGGCCCCCAAAUCCCAAGCCUAAGCCGGUCAACAGAAUCAGCACCGUUGUGUGAACAACUGCCGCCACAAUGGAACUGAUAGCAGAUCUAUAAAUAUAUAAAUAACAGAGCUUGGGGCCUCCCCUGUUCCAGUUGAAGUGAUGGGGAAGGAUGGAGGUCAGGAGGGUGUCUAGAUUUUAUGGCCAUUCCCUUUCCUCCUCCCCACUCCACAUCCCAUCCCUCCUUUUCCUAGGAUCAGAACUGAGAGAGGGCAUCCCUUGGAAAGGAAGAAAACCUGGACCUGCAACACCGUGCCUGGCCGGAGGGGGGGUACAGCUUCACAUGGGCUUUGCUUUUGGGAGCUCUGCCUCCUUUCUCUUCCUUGCGGGUCAUCUGUCCCCGCUCCUACCAUCUUUUUCUGAGCAUCUGUGGACAGCAUGGUAGUUUUGUGGUGACCGUGGAUGGCAGAAGUAUAAGCUGCAGUGUUGGGGAAAGCAAGUGUCUGUUUGUGUUGUCUUAGGAGUAUGGCCAAACAGGUAAAAUUUAUCAUCCCAACUUUUAGUAACAUUUGUGUGUUUGGGGGCAGCAAAUUCUUUUCUGAUAGCAUGACUUCAUGAUGGGGUGAUAAGGAAGGAAGGAAGGAAGGAAGGAAGGAAGGAAGGAAGGAAGGAAGGAAGGAAGGAAGGAAGGAAGGAAGGAAUCAAUCAGUCAAUCAAUCAAUCAAUCAUAUGAUUUUGCUACAGGCUCCCAUUGUCAGAAAUGGGCAGAGAUAAUCAUACUAUCUGCUAUAGGUGGGAUACCUGCUAAUCUCCCAGGCAACCUUGCCCAGUGUGGUGGUUUUUAAUGUGCAGAGGAAGUUGUACAAAGGACUUUGUGUUUUCUUCUGCUCAGGCUCUUUCCCCAGAAAGCACUAAUCCAAACAAGACUUUUCAGAAGUCUUUUCUUCUCUCUCUCAUUGGCACCAGAAUUUUCUGAUAAGAAUAAAAGUUUUGUAUUUUUAAAAUGUUAACAAGUAGCAGAUAGUCCCUGUGGCUGCCUUCUGUGUAUCAUGUUUAAACUGCAAAUGGCAUUUAUGAAUUCUGAUUUCUAGUGGUAAUUUUUACUCAGAAGAAUGACUGAAGAAUCUCUCAUUUUUUUUCCUGAUUUACCCCAAAAGAAUAUGUUUUCAGUCUGAUUAAGCCACUUUUUAAUAGGUCCUGUGGACCAUGAACUCACAAACAACCCUGUAAAUGCAGAAAAUGGAACAGAGUUCUAAAGACUAUAGAUGAAGUUUUGGGGCUGCGUAAAACGCUUUAUUGCCAAAUUCUGCAAAGUGGCACAGAAUUUGUGUGUGCAGAAGUACAGCAGGAACCAGCAGUUUAGCCAGGGGUGAAAUGCUCCCGGUUCUCACCAGAUCUCGCGAUCUGGUAGCGAUCUUGGCCGGUGGUUCGGCGAUCCGGUAGCGAUGGUGGAGCAAAGCUCCACCCACCCGCCCAGGUGUCAUUACUUCCUGGUUUUAACUAGAAAGUAAUGUUUUUUACCUUCUGCGCAUGUACAGGUCUGCGCAUACAUGUUUUUUUUUUAAUUUUAAUUUACAUUUAUAUCCCGCCCUUCUCCGAAGACUCAGGGCGGCUUACAGUGUAUAAGGCAAUAGUCUCAUUCUAUUUGUAUAUUUACAAAGUCAACUUAUUGCCCCCCCAACAAUCUGGGUCCUCAUUUUACCUACCUUAUAAAGGAUGGAAGGCUGAGUCAACCUUGGGCCGGGCUUGAACCUGCAGUAAUUGCAGGCUGCUGUGUUCUAAUAACAGGCUUCUUACCAGCCUGAGCUACCACGGCCCUUGUGACACAUGCGGGUGGCGUGUGCACUUCCGAGCCGGUAAGGAAGGUAAGUAGAUUUCACCCCUGGUUUAGCCCUUCUCAGGUCUGUCGUGUUUCCCUUGCAACUCCUCAUAAGCCUCCAUUUUCCCCAAUGAUCUGUCUUUAUUUGGGGAAAAGCAGCCACUUCUUGUAGAAUAUAACAAGCAAGGAACAGCUCAUACUGCCCCUUUUCACCUAAAAUGUUCUUUAUUGCCAUGACUUGACAAUAUUUUGAGGCAAAUAUUUUAUUUAAUACCCACUUUCAUAUACGUGGCUAUGGCAUGGAACUGCUGUGGUGUUAAGCAACUGUUGUUGCCGAGUAACUUCUGACUUUGAUAUUAGUGCUGAUGGGAGUGUGCCUUCCUGUCUCUGUCAAAGGGGGUGGUUUCAUUACCACAGAAAACCUCAGGCAGGUGCUUUGUUAUAUCUGAAAAAAAUAUCUACACCUUCCUACACCUUCCUUCACCACUGUGGGUAUCAGCAUGCCCCUUGUGCAGGUUGCUCCUCAAAAAUUCUGCCGUGUUUUGGUGUCCUAGAUACUUUCAAUCAGUCUUCCCUCAAUUUGCCUUCUAGCAUCACCAAUUACUAGACAAAUACUUCGUGUUUUAGAAAAUAGGCUCUUCCUCUUGAAAGCUGUCUUACUUGUUGACUUGCUCUAUAGAGAGAAAGCUACAUCUGUCAGUCACUUGCAGCGUGUGGAGCUGAUGAGUCCUUGGGGACUCUGCUCUUUUGGGGAGGUGAUGAAGAGAGGCUGUCUUGGUAAUUUGCAAAGUUUGUGAGUUUCUGCUGUUUCAAGUAGAGAAAGGAAAGAGACUCGGAUGGGAGAUGUGAAGGAUCUGUGGGGAAGAGACGAGUCCAAAGUAUGGAGAAGUCUGGGACAUGGGAAGGGAAUGUAUCCUGCCCUCUCGGUUCUUAUUCAUAAAGGGCUAUUUUUACUCCCUUCUUUUCCUCACCCCUGCUCUGGGGUUUGCACUGAAUCUAUUUUUAAAGGUACAGACUUCUAUACUCUUGGGCUUUAUGAACCCACCCCUAAUUGAAUUGGAGAGGGGAGAGUAAACUGCUGUGAUCACUUCUCCCCUAAAUUGUUUUUUUUUUCAUCCAGUCAGUGCAUUAAUGCUUGGUAAUGGGGAGGUAGAGUAGAAUUCUCUCCCAAUUAGUUCCUUUGGGAAGUUAGAUGCACUUUAAUCUCUGUGCACUGUGUUUCCAGAAAAAGAUGGCAUCCAGUUUUCUGCUGUCCCAAAUCAAGCUUAUGGGGCACAUCCAGACCUCGCCUUCUUCCUUCCCUCGAGGUGCUACAUUGUUCUGCCACUCACCUACCUUGCCUAGUAAUGUUAAGGGAUGGGCCUCCUCCUAGGUCUUCUUGUUUUAGCUUUGGACAAAGAUAAAAAAAGGCUGGAUUAACGAUAUCAAGUCAUCAUUUCAGAAAGUAAGGAAAUGAUGCCUGAAUUAACAGUGCCUGUUUUUAUAUUUUUAAGGAGAUGCUAUGGAUUUUGGAUGGAAGAAAUUAUUUUAUUGCUUAAUAAAAUGCAAAGAGGUGCUCCCCAGAUUUCUAAUAAUAGAAGCACACUAUUUUUUUCCCCUAGUUUAGAAGAGGGAAGUAGAGCAGUGACCCAUACCAAAAUGCAGACUAGCCACCUCUGAAGGUUAGCGCUACUGGCUGCAGAAAGUUAGGUUAGCCUCAGAGGUUGCCCAAGCUAAAGGAUACUUCAUCCAGCCGGCCGUACCCGCUGCCCUCUUGAUUCUCUGAAUUACCACUGCCAUCUUCCCCAGUCAGAGGUAGGAAGAUUAUUGCUCAGUCAGUGAUGCAGAGAAUGUCAGGGAGGAGAAGCUUGGCGCAAUGGCUUGUUGUGGCCUGUAUAGGCCCUGCUCAAGCGCCCUGCUAAACUUACAGAAAUGGCUGCUCUAAGGGGAGCCAGUUGAGUGAGAGGUGAAGUUUCUCUCUCUCUUUUGAGGAAGGGGGAAGACUAGAGAGGAGCAAAUGGUAGAGGGUCUCAGCAGGCUUACGGGUUUCUUGAUUCCCAUGUGUUUGAAGCACUAGGCUUCAUUGCCCUCUGCCAACCAGUUAUGCUCCACAGCCUUGAGAGGGAAGCCAGGAAUCUUUAUCAGGUGGCAGCUCAGGCCUCCGUGUGCCACCUUGCAAAGUCCUGGGUUCCUCCUCUCCCCCACAUCAAACCCCAUGUCAGGUCUUCCCACCCUGUGCCCCACCCCCAAGCAUGCACUUUGUCCUUGCCCUGCACUGCACUUCCUGUGUUGGGUUUGUUGCUGUACAGAUUUCCAUGUAUAUAAUAUAUAUUAUAAAUACCAGCCUUUACGAGGGGGGUGGUGUCUCCAGCCCAUGUAUUUUCUAUAGCAUGGGGCUUCCCCUCUGCUCCUUCUCUCAGAUUGACUGUAUUUUUGUUUCUUUUCCUUCUCCCCCCACCCCACCCAAUCAGUUCCACUUUGUAUAUAUGAAAAUGUAUAUUUGAUGCUUCAUAAAUUGAUCAAAUGUCCUUGCUGU